UUUUAGGUUUGAAAAUGGAAUUAGAGCCAUGUUCAAGCUCCCCGGAGCGGUGUAAAGUUUGUGGUGACACGGGGAAUGGUAUGCAUUUUGGAGCAUUCACCUGCCGGGCUUGUGCUGCUUUUUUUAGAAGAGCCGCCAGCCGAAAAUUCCUGAGAAAAUGUGAAAAUCACUUGAUUUUUGCACUGAAAUGCAAAAAUUGCCGACUUCAGAGGUGUUAUGAGGCUGGGAUGAGCUCGGAGAAUUUCCAGUUUUGCCGGGACCUCAUUGGCGCGAAGGGAGCAAUUCCGAAAUUGAAAGUUCCUAAGAGUUUUGAACAAACAGUUGGGCGACCAUAUUUCGUGCUCCAGUGUGACCCGGAAGUGCUCUUUUUGAGGAGAAAUAUCAUAGAUUGCGUACCGUUAUUGGAAAAAGCUGAGAAACUUAUCGAAUUUGGUUCCGAGUCUCCGGUGUUUUCAAAAAACCGUCUGCUCAAACUAGCGCAAGGCUUACAACAAUUUCAAGACGCUAAAUCAAAUCAAGUGAAAUUUGUGCAAAAAAUGGGCCAGAAAGAGAUUAUGUCGUUUUUCGAGACGGAUUUCCUGUGCGCCACCAAAUGGUUCACGUAUUUGGACGAAUUUCAGUUUUUGGACAAAAAUCAGCAGCUGACACUAAUGCAAGGCAUUUGGCACGUGUGGUCCCGUCUGCACAAGUUGGCAGUUUCAGCAAUGGGCCGGCGACGUGGAAUUUGUGACAAAAAUACGGUUAUGGUCAGCCACCAGAACGAGUUUGCAGUAUGCGAUCUAAAUGAGAUUGAGGUGGACAUGUCGUGGUGCACUAAUUUUAGCAAUGAGCAAAUGAGAUACUUCCUAGACACAUCCCAUGACAGUUACGUCUACCAAGUAAUGGACGAAAUGCUUGGCUUGAAGCCAAAUGACGUGGAAUUGAGCUACAUGAUGUGCCAGCUGUGUCUACAGUAUGCAGGACAACGAUUUCAGGGAGAAAUUCUGGAAUUUUGCGAAAAAAUGCUGGGAUUUUUGGCCGAUGACCUACAUAGCUACUAUGUGAAGCAGUUGAGAAUGCCUAAUUAUGCUGCGAGAUUGGCAAAGCUUAUGAAAAUUAAUAAUAGGAUAAAAGAAAGCGUGCUAAAAACGCGCCAACGGCAGCAAAUCGCGGAGCUUUUCAACGUUUGGACUGUCGAUUUCUCGCACCCCGAAUUUUUCAGAGAUGCUUAAUUGUUUUAGGUGGACAUGCUGAAAAUGCGUCAACGUCAGGAAAUCUCGCGGGUUUUCGACAUUUGGACCAUCGAUUUUAGCCAUCCAGAAUUUAUCCAGGAUGCUAAUGCUUGUUAAUAGUCUAACAUAUAUGAAUUGUAUAAAAUUGUGAAGAUUCGCGGCAUUUUUUUGUAGUUUGUAGUAUUUUUUUGGUUUAAAAUCCAGGUUAUUUGCAUUUACAUACUAUUUUUUGAACGUUAUAAAGGUCAAAUUAAUAAAAAAUUCAGUUAAAA